UCAUCAACCAACAGAGAAAAAGUUCAAUUUGUGUUUUGUUUUUGAAUCCUAGCAAAAACUAUGCAUACUGAUCUAUCUCCACAUCUGCAUACAUCGGAGUGCAAUAGUUUGAUUGAACAACUAAAUAAUUGUCAUAUUGAGAAUAAGUUUGCUAAAUUUCUUGGCGUCUGCAACGAUAUUGACAACCAAUUGGUGAGUUGUUUAAAACGUGAACGUCAAGCACGUGCUGCAGCCAACCGCGUCAAAGCGGCGGAACGACAAGCUCGCGUAAGGGAGCGUUUGAUAUCCUCAUAAGCAUUCUCAUCUUUUAAUACAACUACAUACCUACAAAAAAAACACCAUGCUUACCGAGCCGGAAGAUCCACUUGCCCCAUACUACUAUAACCAUGCGCAAGAAGUCAUUGCUGGCAUAGAAGUACCAUCAAUAACAGAGGAAUGGGUUGAGAAUUAUCCCAGCGUAGUGGAUCGUUUCUUCACACGUUAUUAUUACAUUAAAGAAA